GAGGGUUGGCUGAUUGAUUGAUGAAUUGAUGAUAUUCCGGGCUGGCUUCUGUCUACUAGAGAGCUGCCUGUCAUGAUUACUUUACGGGAACAGCCUCCCCGGUGGACGGCUGUCUUCUUCUUUUUGGCGUUAUUGGCGUGUCUGUUCGUGCCAGCUGUAUCCGUCAAGCACGAGAACUUCAAAACAUGCAGUCAAUCGGGCUUCUGCAAGCGCAACCGCCAGUUCGCCGAUGACGUCUCCGCUACGAGCUCCUGGACCUCACCCUAUGUUCUCGACCCUGCCUCCAUCACAUUCAACGACGGACAAUUGGAUGCUGUCGUGCUCAAGACACUGAAGGAGGGCGAGGAGAAGGCUCGUCUGCCGCUUACCGUCACGUUUCUCGAAUCUGGUGUCGCACGCGUUACUCUCGACGAGGAGAAGAGGGCAAAGGGCGACAUCACACUCCGCCACGACAGCAAAGCGCGAAAGGAGAGAUACAAUGAGGCAGCACAAUGGACUCUUGUUGGAGGUCUGAACCCGUCCAAGGGCGCUGCCUUCAACCCGGACACGGAAGACGGCUACACCAAGGUCGUCUACAGCAAGGGCAGCAAGCACCAGGCCGUCAUCCGACAUGCACCCUUCGGUAUCGAGUUCCAACGCGACGGCGAGACACAAGUCAAGUUCAACGAGCGUGGCUACAUGAACGUCGAGCACUGGCGACCCAAGGUUGAGAAGCCCCAAGAAGAAAAGAAGGAAGGUGAGGAGGAAACCAAGGAAGAAGAGAAGAAGAUCGAAGAGCCUGUCCAAGACGAAAGCACAUGGUGGGAUGAGAGCUUCGGCGGAAACACGGACAGCAAGCCGAGAGGCCCUGAGGCAGUUGCGCUCGACAUCACAUUCCCCGGAUACGCACACGUCUUUGGUAUCCCAGAGCAUGCUACAAGGCUGUCUCUCAAAACGACUAGGGGCGGCGACAAUGCUUACACUGAGCCAUACCGACUGUACAACGCUGACGUCUUCGAGUACGAGAUGGACAGCCCCAUGACCCUCUACGGCGCCAUUCCUUUCAUGCAAGCCCACCGCAAAGGCUCCACCGUCGGUGUCUUUUGGCUCAACGGUGCAGAGACUUGGAUCGACGUCACCAAGAAGAGGAACACCGCCAACCCACUCGCUCUUGGUGUUGAAGGUCAUACCGAUACUGAGACUCACUGGAUGUCCGAGAGUGGUCUCCUGGACGUGUUCGUCUUUCUUGGACCUACUCCUCAGGAUCUCACUCGCCAGUAUGGUGAGCUGACUGGCUACACGGCCAUGCCUCAGUCUUUCGCUAUCGCCUACCACCAGUGUCGAUGGAACUACGUUACCGAUGAGGAUGUCAAAGACGUUGACAGGAGGUUUGAUAAGUUCAACAUUCCUUACGAUGUCAUCUGGCUCGACAUUGAGUACACACAGGAGAAGAAGUACUUCACCUGGGAUCCUCUGACCUUUACCAAUCCCGACACAAUGCAGCAGCAGCUUGACAAGCGCGACAGGAAGCUUGUUGCUAUCAUUGAUCCUCACAUUAAGAACACUCACGAUUACCCCAUCAUUGACGAGCUGAAGAAGAAGGACCUGGCUGUCAAGAACAAAGAUGGUAACCAGUACGAGGGUUGGUGCUGGCCUGGUUCUUCCAUGUGGAUCGACUGCUUUAACCCAGCUGCCAUCGACUGGUGGAAGGGCUUGUUCAACUACGACAAGUUCAAGGGUACCGCCCACAACACCUUCAUCUGGAACGACAUGAACGAGCCCUCGGUGUUCAACGGCCCUGAAACAACUAUGCCCAAGGAUAACCUUCACCAUGGUAACUGGGAACAUCGCGACGUUCACAACAUCAACGGCAUGACCUUCCACAACGCGACCUACCAAGCCAUCACCGAGCGCAAGAAGGGAGAGGUUCGUCGCCCCUUCGUUCUUACUCGAGCCUUCUACUCUGGCAGUCAACGUACUGCUGCCAUGUGGACUGGCGACAAUCAGGCUGAGUGGACCCAUCUCGAGGCUUCCAUCCCUAUGGUGCUCAACCAGGGUAUCUCUGGCUUCCCCUUCGGCGGCGCAGACGUUGGAGGCUUCUUCGGUAACCCGAGCAAGGAACUUUUGACUCGCUGGUAUCAAGCUGGCAUUUACUACCCCUUCUUCCGCGGCCAUGCUCACAUCGACACUCGUCGCCGUGAGCCAUAUGUUGCCGGCUCUCCCUACACCGAGAUUAUUACUCAGGCUCUGCGUCUUCGAUACCAGCUCCUCCCUGCCUGGUACACUGCUUUCCACGAGGCUCACACUACUGGCGCACCCAUUAUCCGGCCCAACUUCUGGGUACACCCUGACGAUGAACGUGGUUUUGAAGUCGACGACCAGCUCUACAUUGGUUCCACCGGUCUCCUUGCCAAGCCAGUUACCAAGGAGGGCGCCGACAGUGUCUCUAUCUACAUUGCGGACGACCAGCCCUACUAUGACUACUUCGACUUCACCACUUACAGCGGUGCAGGACACCACACUGUUCCAGCUCCCCUCGAGAAGAUUCCAUUGCUUAUGCAGGGAGGUCAUGUCAUCCCACGCCGUGACCGCCCUCGUCGAUCCUCUGGUCUUAUGAAAUACGACCCCUUCACCCUCGUUGUCGCACUCGACAAGGACGGAAAUGCUGCAGGAACCCUGUACGUGGACGACGGCGAGACCUUCGACUAUGAAAUGGGCGCCUUUAUCCACCGCCGCUUCUCCUUCGAUGGCACCCGUCAGAUCCUUACUUCCUCCAACCUCGACUCCAACAAGCGUACUGUCAAGUGCGAAAAAUACCUUAAAACCAUGGAGAAGGUGCGCGUGGAGAAGAUCAUCAUUGUUGGCGCGCCUAAGGCCUGGAAGAACAAGGCUGAGGUCGUUGUCAUGCAGGAAGGCGAGAAGGAGACGCAGAGGAGGAAACCUGUACCGCUUGAGUUCCAUGCUGCCGAGGGCAAGAAGUCCGCGUACGCGGUAGUAAGGGAUCCGCGCGUGUUCAUUACUAGGGGGUGGAAGAUUGACUUUGCGGAGAAGGGUGCGGGGCAUGAGCACCAUGGUCAUGAACAUUGAGCUCUGAGAUGUCAAGACGUGUGAGUAGCACUGCACUGCGACUGAACAAAGGCCAUGGUGUAUAGGAUGAAAGAAAGUAGAGCGUAUAUAAAGUCAAGAUCAAGACACCCCAAUGCACUGCUGCGCACGGAGAUGAAUACGUGAACC